UAUCUGCACGUUAACUUUCAUUCAUUUCAUUAUCGAGUGACGAUAAGUGAGACAUAGAGAGAUUACCUGCGAGAGACAACCUGUGAGAGACCUUGACACAGUCUAUAUCAGACAUCUACAAACUUUGUUAUAGACCUUGCACAGUCUAUAUCAGACAUCUACAAACUUUGUUAUAGACCUUGACACAGUCUAUAUCAGACAUCUACAACUGAUUCUACAUUGUCUUUGUGACCCGCAUCAAUGGCCCAAAGAUACUACCCAAUCCAUAGGCAGGAGUCUGCAAUGACUCCUCCUCAAAAUAAUCCCCCCCCACGAUUCUUUGCAUUCACCGGGGACGAAACUGACCUCGACUUGUGCCUUGAGGAAGUCCGCGAUCUGCGGCGUCAACUGAAAUCACUGCGCAAGCAGAACAACGGGCUUGUCAGUGAAAAGAACAAACUCCACAACGACUACAGCUCCAUGAGGCGCGAGAAUGAAAGGCUGAAGGGUCUGCUGGAGAAGCAGAGAAACACCACAGCCAACAAGCCGAAGGACAAGACACCUUCACAGAGUCACAGCACCAUGUUGAGCAAGCUCCAGCUGGAGGUGAAUGACCUGAAGAAGGAACUCGGCCAGAGAGACUCACAAAUCCUUCACUUCCAGAAGGAGAAGGAGAGUUUGUCUGCAAGCUUGAGUGAGACCAGAGAUCUGCUGGCUGAGAAAGAAAAGAUAGAAGAAGAGAGGAAGGCUCUGGAGGAGCAGAAGAAACAAUGGAGGAAGGAAAGGAGAGAAAUCAUUUACAAGGAAGCAGACCAGAGUGCUCAAGAACUUGAAGACAAGAAUAAAGAAAUUGAGGAGAAAAACAAACAGCUGGAGGAGACUAAGAAAGAAAUGUUAAAAAGUCAACAAGAACUGAGAGAGAAGAGCACUGAGAUAGAGCAAAAGAUGAAAGAAUUGGAGAAGAAAAACAAACAGCUGGAGGAGACUAAGAAAGAAAUGUUAAAAAGUCAACAAGAACUGAGAGAGAAGAGCACUGAGAUGGAGCAAAAGACGAAAGAAUUGGAGAAGAAAAACAAACAGCUGGAGGUGACUAAGAAAGAAAUGUUAAAAAGUAAACAAGAACUGAGAGAGAAGAGCGCUGAGAUGGAGCAAAAGAUGAAAGAAUUGGAGAAGAAAAACAAACAUCUGGAGGAGACUAAGAAAGAAAUGGGGAAGAAAAUGAAAGCUCUGAAAAACCAGAGUGAAGAUGUGGAGCGAGAAAACAUGGAACUGAAGGAAAACGUUCAACAUCUGGAAGAGACCAUGAAAGAAAUGGAAAAGAGAAGUAAAAAACUGACAGAGAAGAACCAAGAGUUGGAGCAAGAGAAGAACGAUCUGGAGACGAGAAAUAAAGCCACGGUGGAGAGAAGUGAAGAACUAAACGGUAAAGUUAACGACUUAACUGAAAGGAUGAAAGAACUGGAGGAGAAAAAUAAAGAACUGGAGGAGAAAAAUAAAGAACUGGAGGAGCAGAAGAAAGUAAUGGAAGAGAAAAUGAAAGAAGUGGAGGAGAGUAGGAACAAGACUCAGGAGACAAGUAAAAGACUGAAAGAGGAAAACAAUGAUUUGGAAGAGGAGAAAAAAGACCUGAUGGAGAAAAACAAAGGUCUGGAGGAGAAUAUGAAAGAAAUUCUAGAAAAAAAUGAAGAAGUGAAGGAGAAGAAUGAAGGUCUAGAGAAAGAGAGAAAAGAAAUGGAGGAGAGGAGAAAUGAGGAGAAAUAA